AUUUCCCCCACCCAUCCCUGAGGGCCAUGUUCCCUUUAGAAGUGGGGAACAUAGAGUGAGAGGUUAAGGGUCACUUUUGUUGGAUAUGCUCACUGCAGGAAGAAGCAGCUGGGACAGGCAGGAAAGGGUUAAACCAGGAAGUGAAUUCAGUCCAAAUCACAACCUGAAUGCAUGUGGAUGGGCUCUGAGCAGGAGCAGGCUCACAGCAAAUUCUCACCAACUUCAAAGGAUGUGAGGUGUCUUUAAGGGGCUCUUACAGACUUUGGGAAGAGGUGGGACUGUUCUUUGCUCUGGCAGCUGACAGCCAACCUUCCUGGGCACAGAAAGAAAGAGCUGGAGGCAAUGAGCGAAGGAUGAUGGGAUUUCUAUUGGGAAGUGGUCGAUGGUCUGUCUCUGCCUUAGUCAAUGGAUUGUCAGUGAAACUCCAGCCCAGAAUUGCCCAGCAGGAAAGAAUCGAUGAACUUCAUGUUUUGCAGCACAAGAGGAUCUUGGAAGUACCUCUGUUCACAGCAGCAAGAGCGAAUGAUGUUGGUGCCAUCAAGAAACUCCUGGAGUGUCACUCCGUUGACCCUUUUGAAAAAGGAGUGAUGGGUGAGACAGCAUUGCACAUAGCAGCUCUGUACGGAAAUCAUGAAGUUGUGACUAUGCUCCUUGAAAAAGUGCCAGACCUCAUCAAUGUGCCUGCCUCCUCGGACCUGUACGAAGGGAAAACAGCCCUGCACAUUGCUGUGGCAAACGAAAAUGUUCAUCUGGUGAAAGAGCUGAUAAACCGGGGAGCCGAUGUGGCAACAUCACGUGCACCUGGGAUCUUCUUUAGAAGAAAUGAAAAUAACUUAAUUUAUUACGGUGAGCAUGUGUUGUCUUUUGCUGCGUGUGUUGGGAAUAAAGAGAUUGUUCAAUUCCUGAUUGAGAACGGUGCAGACAUAAAGGCUCAGGAUUACCUCGGUAACACUGUUCUGCAUCAUCUGGCUCUGCAUGCCCGGCAUUACACAGCCCAGAUGUAUGAUUUCAUCCUGUCCCUCGAUCCAGAGAAUGGGAAUCCAGUGGAGAUGAUCACCAACAACAAUGGGCUGACUCCCUUCAAGCUGGCUGCCUUGGAAGGGAAUGUCCAGCUGUUCCAACAUUUAAUGAGAAAGAGGAAACGCCAGAUUGAAUGGUUUUUCAAACCUAUCUCUUCCACCUUCUACGACCUCUCUGGUAUUGAUUCUUGGGACGAUGACCACUCUGUCCUUGACCUGGUUUUGUGCAGUAAUGAAGUUGAGGCCCUGAAAAUCCUCAACCUCCCUCCGAUCAAAGCCCUGAUCCAUUUCAAGUGGAACAGAUAUGGAAAGUAUUAUUUCCGAACCAUUGCUGUCUUGUACUUCGUCUACAUUAUCAUAUUCACCUCCUGUUGCAUCUUUCGACCUCUCAUACCACGUCGUGACAAUGUCACAGACCCUAGGGACACACAGAUAUUGGAAGAAGCGCCACUAAAUCUGUGCUACAUAUCAAAUGAAGAUUACAUCCGCUUGGUGGGAGAGAUCAUUUCUGUUUUUGGAGCCAUAGCCAUCCUUCUGAUAGAAAGUGCCAACUUCUUACGAUAUGGAACAGCAGGAUAUUUCGGGAAGACCGUCCUUGGAGGCCCAUUCCAUGUUAUAUUAAUCUGCUUUGCGUUCCUGGUUCUGCUGAUCCUCCUCCUACGGCUGAUGAGUGCGGGUGCUGAGGGGUUCUUUAUGGCUCUUGCCAUCGCCUUGGCCUGGUGCAAUUCCAUCUACUUCUUCCGGGGAUUCCGGAUACUUGGGCCAUUUGCCAUCCUUCUCCAGAAGAUUAUUUUGGAGAAAUUUUUGACAUUUGUGAUACUGAUGGUGAUGGUGCUCAUUGGAUUUACAACAGCCCUUCAUAUGUCAUUCCAAGAGCUUGACCCUUCUGAGUGGAUUCGUUUUAAUGACUAUAAGAACCUGCUUUUUCUGAUGUUCAUGCUGUUUUUUGGACUGCUCGAUAUCCCGCUGAACUACGAGAAGUACACUCCCUUCAUGGUCAAGAUUCUAUAUGUGGCGUACAUUAUGAUGACUUUUCAGCUGAUGUCCAUUCUCUUCAUCUUCUUGAUUGCCCAGACACUACGGCGGGUGAUGAAGAAUUGCGACGUACUCUGGCAAGCGCAGAUUACAGCAUCGAUGAUUCAUCUCGAGCGGUGGCUUCCGAAAUAUUUCUGGUCUCGUGCUGGUGUCUGUGGGCUGCAGCUUGGACUCGACAACAGUUGGUAUAUCUGGGUGGAAGAUACAGUCGAUAGUGAUGCACAAAGCUGUAGCAGCCCCAAGUAUGGAAAAGUGGAAGAACAUCAGGAAUCUCCGAAGAAGGCUGAGAAAGAGCAAUCAUCGCCCGUUGGCAAUGAGACUGAGCCGAACUCCAGCGUGGAGCUGCACAUCCUCCAAUGCAGAUCCAGGGCACAGUUUUCAGACGUGACUUCCAAUGAGAUUAAAGACGCUGACUGUUACCUGUAAUUUCUGAGAGAUAUUCUGUGCCACUUCCAUCUGGGCUUUUACACAGUGGAGUAUCUGUUCCUUUUGCUAUCCCACAUGCAGGAGGGACAAUGGGACCUAUCGUACAUAAGCCUGCAGGUGGCAAAGAUAUCGGUUUGCUCAGGCAAAUAAUGCUUUGAUAAGCAGUUGAUGGUGAGGCCUUUCCAAAGUUUGUGCAAUGUUGCUGAGCUUCACAAUAUUUAUCAAGUAUCCUCCCCCUUCUGUGGUAUUUAAAGGAGUCUUACGAUUGUCCGAGAGGCUCAAAUGCUUUAUAAUAGACACCUUAGGAGUAAGUUAUAGGUUGGGUCCUAAUGGAGGGCUUGUGAGAUAGAGCAUUAUCCACAAAUUGGAAUCUAACCUUGACCUUCAAAUGGUUUAUAGGUUGGAUAGCAUAUAUCUGGGAGUGAUUGAAAAUUGUACAGAGUGUCUACAGAUUUCCUCAGAAUGGCGAAAUUACUGACAGUCUUUGUAUAAAAGGUAUUCCUUUGGUCAGUGCCAAGAUUGAAACUUUGAUUGCU